AAAGCUCCCUUUUAAUAGGCAAUACUAAUCAAUGAAAUACGAAGCCGGCAUUGCGAACGUGGUUGCCGCAUAGCUAGCUUUGCAAAGCAACGAACGAAUGUGGCCGAGCAAACAAAGGGGUAAUGCGCCCGCAUCUCUCCCUGGGAAAGAGAGGCACACUUAAGGGAGUCAAAAAGAGACAGCAAAGGAGCGAGUGUGCAAUAUAUGCGUGGAUCUAUACAGUGCGAGAGGGAAAAAAGUGCGCAGAAGAAGAAGUUAAAGAAGAAGAAGAUACGAGAGAGAAAGAAAGAGAAAGGGAGCGUGAGAGGUACAAUAUUUUUCUGGAUGGGAUAUUUAACGCAUUGGCUAGGUCAGUAACCCGUAGCACGGGCCCCACUGAUUGGACGGCUUGGAUUCUUUGCCACGAAUUCACGAGUAGUCAUUGGUUGAAGCGGGCCCUGGACCUAUCCAAGACAAAACCCAGAGCGCAGGCACGCAGGUCUGCUUUGUGGCGUGCAUUGCAAGCGUGUGUGUUCUCUUCGGUUAUCCGAGACGAUACUCGCUCGUAAUGCAUCACUACUGCAGGGAGAAGAUUCCGGAUAGACCGUUUAAUUUAAAUAAAAAAUUCAAAGUUUCUCUGAAUUUGUGAUAGAUUUAGCUUUACAGUAUGUAGGAUAUUUUAAAAAUAUUAAUUUUUGGGUAUUUGGCAGCUGUUUAAAGGAAAAAGUCAAUUUUUAGGGCGAAAUUUUUUCAAAAAAUCUAUUGUAAAAAAAACAAACCAAAAAGAAAUCCGCUAUGUACUCUAAAGCAUUAGUAAAUGACGAACAAAAAAAACUUCGGCCGAAGUCAAUGCGAUCAAAACUG